AUGAAAAUAAAGAUAUCUAAUACACCUGAAUUUGUAACAUAUUGUUGUUAUAUAUGUGGUCAAAGAUGUGGUCAAAUCAAAGAUGUAAUGGAGGGGUUCACUUACCCAGUGAGGGCACAUUUCUUAGAAGAUUAUGGUCAAGAAAAGCUAUGGAAAACACCUCAUUUCGUUCAGGAAGUAUUCCAUGAAGAAGAAGAACCUGAAAUCGAUGACACGAAUACUCCAACUGUUACUGGGGUAAAAGUGGAAAUUCCUGCGAGUUCUGUUGUGCCCAUUAACAUUAAGGAGGAGGUUGUUAAGACUGAGAAAAAGGUGGAGGUGGUCCAGGAAAGUACAUCACUUCUUGCAGAACCUUUUACUGGAACCAAGUCCGGGAAGCAAAAAAUAAAGGGUGUUUACACCAGAGCAGGUUCGUUAGCAUAUAACAGGUCUCAGGCAUUGGGUUGGCCAGAGCAAAGCCAAAGUAGAAAAGAAUCAAGCUCUGGAACACUCGAUGAUUUUGCCAUAAUUGACAACUGCCCACAGGUUUUCCAGAUGCAAGUGAAUAAUGAGAUUCUAAUAAAGAGUUGGUUUAAUAAUCCAUCACAUUGUGCAUUAAUUACACUUCUGCCCUUCCUAGUGACACUAGUAGAUGCCAUUCCUAUAGGUAUUUUUCAUCAUUAAUCAUUAUUAAGUAAAUUAAAGAUUUUUGUCCCGAAAUCACUGUUUCUUAACCUAACCCUCUCAUCCUUGUAAAAUGACCAUUUUACCCACCCCUUCAAACCCUAAACUUUGUGAAAGAGGAGAUUGUUUGAAGUACUUGUGGUAGACUCACAAAUAGGUAGGCUUUUGUUGACUUUUCAUGAAUGUUGACUUCUUAUAUUUAUCAAAGACCCUAACCCUAUAGAUUAAUUUCUAGCACUAUUGUUGACUUAUAGAUUUAAAUCCCCUAAACUUACUUCUAACAGGUAGAGUCGUGUUAACUUCUUAUAAUUUUAAUAACUACAUUUGUGUUGACUUGUUUUAUGUUAAAAUUUUAGACGGUAGAUUUGUGCUGACU